AAAUUAGCAAAUUUUUUGAAAUAACAAUUUUCUGUUUUUGUCUGAACUGAAGUUCUUAUGAAAAUUGUAUCUUUUUCUAAGAGCGUGUUAAAACCCAAAAUUUUCGCACGAAAUGAACACAGUGAAGCCAGUUUCAUCUGCUUGGGACUAUCUGAAACAAACUUUGAACCUUGAUGGAAAAUGUCAAAAGGAAUUAGACAGAACCGAAAUUGAAGGAUGUGCAGAAUUCAUUGUUAACCAUGAUUUGGUAGACUUCAGCAAGGAAUUGGUUUGGCAGAAGCUGUUCAAUGACACACGAAAUAGGAUAACCCCUAAUUUUUGGUCCAGAUUUGAAGUGACUCAGAAUGAAAAUUCUGGUUACGAAAACUAUAGGGAGGCUGUUAAAGUUCUGAACACCGACAUUAAAAGCCUUCAGCAUUACUUUUCCUUGUUGGAUCACCUGUCAGGAAAUGUCACGCCAAAAUCAUUCGCCCAAUAUCAGGCACACCUCAGUGCAAUUUUGCUGUCUCAGAUACCACCAAAGUUUGAAUGCUGUGUGAAUUUCUUCUACAGCCGAGCUUUCAGAGCAUUCAUGUCUUUAGAAAAAAGGAAUUUUAACUUUGAUGGAGAUGAGUCUGGUGAUGUUAUCACUCACUGUUCAGGGUGUGACCAAGAAAUUGAUCAAUGUGAAUGUAAUGUCAUUCUAGACAAUUGUCAUAACACCAACAAGGCUUUGGCUGAAAUAGGAAUACUUGAGAAACUAUCUGUGGGGAUGAUUCACACUCUCAUUUUGACUCAAAUCCAAUCACAUGUCCAGGAUUCAUGUGUAGGAAACUUUUCCUCUUCUCAAAUUGAAAUGCUUGAAAAGUGGUUGCAAAACAUAAUUUUUCGGUGGUUAGGUAUCGUCUAUGGAGAAGACUACAUCCAACAGGAUCAAGUGCGAAAAAAUUUUACCCAAUUCCUGUACCACGCCUAUACACACGCUAGAAUCGAACAGUUAUUCGAGAUCAUUAUCGGCUACCCCGAGAGCUUUCCUUCGGUAAAGGAUUUACAGGAAUGCCUUUCACGGACGCAGUUGAAACCAAUUUUGGCGCAGUCUCUUAAAACGACUUUAGAAGCAAGAUUGCUUCACCAGGGAGCCACAACAGAAGACAUACUAAUCGCCUACGUAUCGGCCAUAAGAGCGUUUAGCGUACUUGAUCCCACUGGCGUGCUUCUCGAUGUAGCGUGUGAUCCGAUCAAGCAAUAUUUGCGACUUAGAGGAGACACUGUUCGGCAUAUAAUUCACAGUUUGACUGACAGUAGCGGAGAGCUGGGCGGAGAGCUUGAGUUGGGAAGAACGGGAACUGCUAUACUGGAUGAAGAAUCUGUUGCAGCAGUUGGAGAUACCGAAGCCUCAACCGAUUGGGAAAAUUGGCUUCCAGCACCAAGCGAUGCCGAUCCUAGCAAACUUUGGACAGGAAAAAAGCCGGGCGAUAUUGUACCAAUGUUGGUGAACAUCUACGGCAGUAAAAGCCUGUUUGUCAAGGAAUAUCGCAAGCUUUUGUCGGAUCGAUUGCUCCUGAACCUUCAUUUUGACACAGAAGAAGAGAUUCGUAAUUUAGAAUUUCUCAAAAUUCGAUUUGGAGAAAACGAAUUGCACAAUUGCGAAGUGAUGCUCAAGGACGUGGCAGACUCCAAGAGAAUCAACACCCACCUACAGUCGGUCGUGCACAAACCUGAAUUUCCGAUUUCGGCUAUGAUUAUAUCAGCUCAGUAUUGGGACCAGCUGAAGGACAAACCGAUGAAGUUGCCGAUCAAAAUCAUCAACCAGCUCGAACAAUAUAAUCAAAACUAUAAAACGGUGAAAACGAGUCGUUCUCUGCAUUGGGUACCUCAGUCGGGUUCUGUGGAACUGGAACUGGAGUUUGAUAAUCACCGUUGCGUGUCUUUCACCGUCCCGCCCGAUUUGGCUGCCAUCAUAUCUCAUUUUGAAGACAAGGAUCAAUGGGAUUUGGAAGAGCUUAGCCAGGAAAUGGAAUUACCAAUGUCUCAUCUUCGAAGGCGAGUUCACGUGUGGCAAACACACGGGGUCCUCCAGGAAAUUUCUACUGAUCGCUUCAAAGUGGAUGAAAAUGGACCAAAUUUCACAGGACAUAAGAUUCUUUUAGAAACGCUAGCGAAAAUGGAGGAAGAAGAAGAAGAUGACGACGAGGAAGAUAGUGAGAAAAAAACGGAAGAAGAUGGUUUGCAAGUUUAUUGGUCGUACGUUGUUGGCAUGCUGACAAAUCUCGAAGCCCUUCCAGUUGAGCGUAUUCACCAGAUGCUUAAAAUGUUUACAAUGCAAGGCUCUAGUGGGGCAGAGUGCACUCUGCAACAGUUGAAAAAUUUCCUUGAUUCAAAAGUUAAGCAACAGUUGUUGUCUUUCUCCUCUGGAAUGUAUAGACUCCCCAAACCAUGAACUAAUUUUUUUAAUGAUAAUUUAAAAAUGUGUAUUCAUUACAAUAAAUUUUCUGAAGUGAUUACCUCUGUAAUGAAAUAAAAAGUUGUUAAAAUACGUUUAA